UCUUCCUAUACAUGAAAAAUCUACCAGAGAGUUAAUCACACAACCCACAGAUGAGACUACGGUCGUGUUCACCAAAUACGACAAAGUUAAUGACAAGUCUUUAGACGUCUAUACGAUCAAUGCAGAAUAUUCCAGUCUUAAAAUGCUUGAGCUCGACUUUCCUGAUAUCCAAAUGCCUACACUUAAUUUUUCUGGUGUUCAAUUACCUAAAUUUAACUUUUCUGAUGUACAAAUGCCUGUUAAGAUUGUAAUAAUAAUAAUAAUUGGUAUAGUUGUUAUCAUUGCUUCUUACUUUCUUAUUCUUGGAUGUGCUUAUUGUUUGGGAUUUGGUCCCGUUGGAAUCAUAGCCGGAAGUAUUGUUGCUAUUUGUCAGAGUAUUGGUGCUACAGGUGCGCCUGGACCAUGUUUGAUAGUAUUAGUAGCA